UUCAUCGAAUUUUCGUGAUAGUAAUAUCUCAACAUAUUUUUUUAUUCUAUUCGUAUCCAAAUUUUUUGCUCAGAAUGACAGUUGCAGUAGAAUCAAGUCAAUUUCAAUUUUCACCGCGGACGUUAAGUUUGCAAUUUUUUAAAAAUAUUACGAAAUAUUAAUUUGUAGUACCAAUUCAAGUGAUUCUGUCGGAUAUUUAUUUUAACAUUGUAACAACCUCUGUUAUUACAUCUGAAUGCAUAGUCGUGACAGUUCAAUGAGAGCAAUUAAUUAUUCCAUUCGUUAUUGAAAGUCAAUUGGAAAAUUACACAGCUGCACUUGAAACUGCCAGGAAUAGUAUUCGAUAACGAUCCCGAAGUUAUAGUCGACGUGAGGGAUACCGAUAACAUAAAGAUGGUCAAGGGUGCUGAUAAAAAGGGCAAGAAAGCUGCCAAGAAAAAGAAUAGCACCGGGAAUAAAGAAAAAAUUGAUCAAGAGAAAGCUGCGAAAAUCAAAGCCAUAGAAGAGGAGCGUCUUCGUAAAUGGGAAGAAGACUGGGAUAAGAAGCUUAAAGCUGAAGAAGCUUUGGAAGACAAGACCUGCUGCAUGUCCAAGGGACUCUGCCUGAGACCAAAGACCCAAUCGAAUAUUUGGAUUAACAUAACAGAAGGAAAAACAUUACAGGAUAUUCAGUUGUACUUCAAACACGUACCAGUACCCAAGCCAAAACCUCCUCCAUUGCCAAAAUUAAAGAGACAAGAAGAGCCGAAAGAAGCAGCACCAGCUAAAGAGAAGAAACUUAAAAAGGGAGGAAAAAAGUCUGCUAAGAAGAAGUAGUAAAAUUAACAAAAUUCUCAAAAUUUAAUUAUAUUGACAUUUUUCCAUUUUUGUCAAAUAAUAAAAUCACACUACACUAUGUCCUCUCAUCAUAUUUAUUCUUACAGCAGUAA